AUGCGAGAAAGGCUCGCCGCGUUGCUGCAAGAGGUGGAGCAUCAUGGCCAUGGUGGCUAUGGAGGCGAGGAACGGAAAAAGUUGACCCCUGAAGAAAUUGAGCAGAAGAGAAAAGAAGCGGAGGAACUAGGCGAGAAGUGUCGAAUCCUCUCAAAGAAGGAGCGAGGUGAGUUGAACAAGACCCGAAAGGAGAAGGCGGGGCAUCGCUUGGCCAAGACAGGGCAGAAGAAUCGGAAGUACGAAGGGGAAGGGGCCACUUCGAAGGAGGAUAAGAAAAAGAAAAAUAAGGAAAACGUUAAGAAACGUUUUGGCUUGAGCUAG